AUGAAGCGGGUGGUGUCGUUUGCCAGAGAUACUAAAGAAGCCGUCGAGCCUCCCCACGACCCGAGACCUGGAACCUACCGGGCAUUGGACCUUGCUCUGCCCAUCGAGAUUGCAGCCGUUCAAGAGAGUCGAGUUGCUGUGACCUCCCGUAAGCUGAUGCAAAACUGCACUGCAGGGCAAAAUGGAUGA